AUGGCAGCGAAACUGGAAUACGCUAACGACACGCGCGUCACGGGCUACGACCCGCUGAUUGCCCCGUCUAUGCUCAUGCACGAGCACCCCGUGAGCGACAAGGCGAAGGAGACCAUCGCUCGCGGCCGCUUUGACGCGAGCAACGUCAUCACCGGCAAGGACGACCGCCUGCUCGUCGUCGUCGGCCCUUGCUCUAUCCACGACCCGGAACAGGCGAAGGAGUACGCCCGCCGCCUGAGCGAGGCUUACGACUCGCGCUGGAAGGACGGCCUGGUGGUCGUGAUGCGGGCUUACUUUGAGAAGCCGCGCACGACCGUCGGCUGGAAAGGCCUUAUCAACGACCCGGACCUCAACGGCUCGUUUGACAUCAACCGCGGCCUGCGCACCGCCCGCAAGCUGCUCAUCGAGAUUACCGAGACGGGUGUGCCGGUCGGCUGCGAGGUGCUCGACACUAUCUCGCCUCAGUACCUCUCGGACCUCUACUCGUGGGGCGCCAUCGGCGCGCGCACCACCGAGUCGCAGCUGCACCGUGAGCUCGUCUCCGGUCUCUCGAUGCCGGUCGGCUUCAAGAACUCGACCGACGGUGGUAUUGGCGUUGCGAUUGACGCCAUCCGCGCAUCUUCGUGCCCGCACUCGUUUAUGGGUGUCACCGGCCAGGGCCUCGCUGCGAUUGUCAAGACCGCGGGUAACAGCGACCUGCACAUUAUCCACCGCGGUGGCAACAAGGGUACCAACUACGACGCCGAGAGCAUCCAGGCCAGCAAGGAGAACCUGAAGAAGGCGAUGCCGGACCGCCACCCGAGCAUCAUGGUCGACGCCUCGCACGGCAACUCGAACAAGGACUACCGCAACCAGCCCAAGGGUGCCGAUUCGGUUGCGCAGCAGAUCGAGCAGGGCCAGGACGCGAUCACUGGUGUGAUGCUCGAGUCGAACCUCAAGGAGGGCAAGCAGAGCGAGCCCAAGAACGGCAAGACCAAGGAGGAUCUCGAGUACGGUGUGUCGAUUACCGAUGCCUGCAUCAGCUGGGAGACGACCCAGGAGGUGCUCGACCGGUUGAACGCCGCGGUGCUUGCGCGCCGCGCGAACAAGUAG